AAAUACCAUUUAAUUUAGGCUAAAAACUAACUUUGAUCUUCUCUUUGAUGUGUUCAUCAGUGAGAGUUAAAAAGGAAAAAAGCAAAGAGAGGAAAAGGGGAAGCUUAGCUUCUUCCUUGAUCUUGAAGACUCACUUUCUUUCUUUUGAAGAUGUUUGAUUCUUUAAAUCUAUCUACACCUGAAGUUUCUCAGAUUCCCUUAACUUUUCCCUCCUUUUACAUUGCCUUAAAGCCUCAUAAUAACUCCAUUUUUUUCUUCUUCAAGUCCUUCCAAAUUCACUUUCCAUGAAAAACUUCCAAGAAAAUAUGUUGCCACUUAUUCUUGUCACACUCUUAACUCUUGUAGGUACUUCCAUUUCUUCCUCUUCCUCUUCCUCUUCUACUAGCACUGAUUUUCAUGCCUUGUUAAGCCUAAAACAAGGAUUUGACUUCUCAAAUCCUGCUUUGAGCUCAUGGGAUACUUCAAAUCCUAGCUCAGUUUGUUCUUGGGUGGGAAUCAAAUGCUUACAAGGUCGAGUAGUAUCGAUAAAUUUGUCAAAUAUGGAGCUUUAUGGCUCUGUUUCCCCUGCUAUUUCAAGCCUAGAUAUGCUUGUGGAGCUUUCAAUUGAUGGCAACAACUUCACUGGUGAAAUAAAGAUUGAGAACAUGAAGAGCCUUCAGUCUCUCAACAUUUCAAACAACAUGUUCAGUGGGAAUCUUGAUUGGAACUACACAAGUUUGGCUAAUUUGGAGAUUCUUGAUGCUUACAACAAUAAUUUCUCAUCUUUCCUUCCUGUAGGAGUAGUGAGCCUGAAGAAACUCAAGUAUUUAGAUUUGGGUGGCAAUUAUUUCUACGGAAGAAUCCCCGAGAGUUAUGGGGAUUUGAUUGGGUUGGAGUACUUACAACUUGCUGGAAAUGACCUGCAUGGAAGAAUCCCUAGAGCCUUGGGGAAUCUCACCAACUUGAAAGAGAUUUACUUGGGAUAUUUCAAUGUUUUUGUAGGUGGGAUUCCUAAGGAAUUUGGCAAGUUGGAGAAUCUUGUUCACAUGGAUAUUUCUAACUGUGAAUUGGAUGGUCCAAUUCCUCCUGAAUUAGGGAACUUGAAAUUGUUAAACACACUUUUUCUACAUAUCAAUCUUCUUUCAGGUCCAAUUCCAAAGGAACUAGGCAACCUCACUGGCUUAGUCAAUCUUGAUCUUUCAGCCAAUGCACUUACCGGUGAAAUCCCAUUUGAGCUUAUUAACCUCCAGCAGCUAAGUCUUUUCAACCUGUUCAUGAACAAAUUACAUGGUUCUAUACCGGAUUUCAUCGCUGAUUAUCCAGAGCUGAAGGUUCUUGGUCUCUGGAUGAACAACUUCACCGGUAUAAUCCCCGAGAAGUUGGGCCAAAAUGAGAAGCUACAAGAGCUUGAUUUGUCUUCAAACAAGCUCACUGGUACAAUUCCUAAAGAUUUGUGUGCCUCUAAUCAACUCAGAAUCUUGAUUUUACUCAAGAAUUUCCUCUUUGGUCCAAUUCCAGAGGAUUUAGGCACAUGUUCAAGUCUUGUUAGGGUGAGAUUGGGACAAAACUACUUGAAUGGUAGCAUCCCAAAUGGAUUCAUUUACAUGCCUGAGCUUAACUUAGUUGAGCUGCAGAACAACUACUUGUCUGGUACCUUAUCAGAAAAUCUUAACACUUCUUCAAAGCCAGCUAAAUUGGGUCAGUUGAAUUUAUCAAACAAUCAACUUUCAGGUUCUUUACCAUUUUCCCUCUCUAAUUUCUCUUCCCUUCAAAUCCUUUCACUUGGAGGGAACCAAUUCUCUGGUCCUAUUCCUCCUUCUAUAGGUCAACUCUCACAAGCUUUAAAAAUUGACCUCAGUCAAAACUAUCUUUCUGGUGAAAUUCCCCCUGAAAUAGGCAAUUGUGUUCACUUGACCUAUCUAGACUUGAGCCAGAACAAUUUCUCUGGCUCAAUUCCACCUCGAGUAUCCGAAAUCCGAAUCUUGAACUACUUGAACUUGUCGAGAAACCACUUGAAUGAGACCAUACCCAAGUCAAUUGGCACCAUGAGAAGCCUAACUACUGCUGAUUUCUCAUUCAAUGAUCUAUCAGGCAAGCUGCCAGAGUCAGGCCAAUUUGCAUACUUCAAUGCUACUUCUUUCGCGGGCAAUCCUCGUCUCUGUGGUUCAUUAUUGAACAACCCUUGUAACUUCACACUAAUCACUGAUCCACCUGGAAAGUCUCAUGGAGAUUUCAAGCUGAUCUUCGCCCUCGGGUUGUUAAUCUGUUCCCUAGUCUUUGCAGCUGCAGCUAUCAUAAAGGCCAAGUCUUUCAAGAAAACAGGCACGGAUUCUUGGAAAAUGACAGCAUUCCAGAAGGUUGAUUUCAGUGUUGCUAAUGUUCUUGAAUGUGUAAAAGACGGCAAUGUGAUAGGCAGAGGAGGAGCCGGGAUUGUGUACCACGGGAAAAUGCCAAAUGGGGUUGAAAUUGCAGUGAAAAAGCUGCUUGGUUUUGGAAACAAUAGCCAUGAUCAUGGUUUCAGAGCGGAGAUUCGGACACUAGGCAACAUUCGACACAGAAACAUUGUAAGACUAGUUGCCUUUUGUUCCAACAAGGAAACGAAUCUCCUUGUGUAUGAGUACAUGAGGAAUGGUAGCUUAGGAGAGGCGUUGCACGGGAAAAAAGGCGGAUUCCUUAGCUGGAAUUUGAGGUACAAAAUUGCUAUGGAAGCUGCUAAAGGAUUGUGUUAUCUUCACCACGAUUGUUCGCCAUUGAUCGUUCACAGAGAUGUCAAAUCCAACAACAUUUUGCUGAAUUCAAACUUUGAAGCUCAUGUUGCUGAUUUUGGACUAGCUAAAUUCUUGGUAGAUGGUGGUGCCUCAGAAUGUAUGUCGGCUGUUGCUGGCUCCUAUGGUUACAUUGCCCCUGAAUAUGCAUACACAUUGAGAGUAGAUGAAAAGAGUGAUGUUUAUAGUUUUGGUGUGGUUCUAUUGGAGCUCAUCACGGGGCGUCGUCCGGUGGGUGAAUUCGGAGACGGAGUGGACAUAGUGCAAUGGAGCAAGAAAGUGACAAAUUGUAAAAGAGAACAAGUAACACACAUUGUGGAUCCAAGGUUAACCACUGUGCCUGAAGAUGAAGCCAUGCAUUUGUUCUUUAUUGCUAUGCUUUGCAUCCAAGAAAAUAGUGUAGAACGUCCAACAAUGAGGGAAGUCAUUCAAAUGUUAUCAGAGUUCCCUCGACAAUCCCCAGAGUAUCAUCAACCAUCGUCUUCGAAAGUUGUUUUACAAAAGUUAAAAAGCCUUGAGAAUGAUCAAACUACUUGUCCGAAGAUUCGGAAAGAACUUUUGGUCUAACCAAUUUUCAUUUUUAUAUAAUGGUCCUCUUGGCAAGUUGCUUGAAUUAAUUCAAUAUAGUGCUUUACUUUUACCUUUGUAUUAUUCUUUCUGCUUAUUUAAGGAUAGGUGUUUUGUGACAAAGAGAUGUAGGAAUAUAAUGAGUACUAUGUAUUAGUAGUUAAUUAUUAGGGUUGGGGGUGUUUAAUUUGUUGGCAAAAGCAGGGCAGGCCCAAUUAAGUUGGUUCUGAAUGCUUUUUGUAUCAUAUGGUUAUAUACAGGUAUAUAUUGUUCCUUUUUCGGGUGAA